CCUCCUUGUGCUCUGUCUCUCUCUCUCUCAAAAAUAGAUAAACAUUAAAAAAAACUUUAAAUAGGGGAUUAGAUGAAAAUGAUGUCCUUAGGGUGGGCCUUAACCCCCUAUAACUGGUGUCCCUGUAAGAAGAGGAGACUAGGACAGACAAGCACCAAGAGACCACCAUGUGGGGGCACAGGAGAAGCCAAAGCGGAGGCCUUGGAAGGGAGCGGCCCCGCGGACGCUGGACCUGAGACGUGGCCGCCAGAACCGCGGGAGAACGACGUCUGUGGGUAGCUGUCUCGUCUGCAGCAUUUGUUACACAGCCCUGGCUGACACCCGGGGAGGGGCUCUCAGGAGGAAGACAGCGAACCAGUGCCCUUCCCGGCAUGCCCGGCCGGAGAUUUAGGAGCAGCUGCCUCCACGUCUCCAGCUGGAGCUGCCGUACAGGUUCCUGUCACCGGCUGAAUCUGGUGACAGCUUCCUUAUCCUUCUGAAACUUGGGGACAGAGCACGGCCAGUGGGGACGCGCAGAAUGAAUAAAGAGCUGCCUCCCAGGUGUUGCGGCCUCACCCCGAGGGCACAUAGCCGUGUCUGAGCCGCUCUGGGCUUUGCUUCUCCUCACUGGGUUCUGUUGUCCCCCUGGUACGCGCCUGCCUGCCCUCGGGCCCUCUGCCCGUGACCACAGUGGGGAGGGCCCGGCACUGUUGAUUCUCCGGCUUGUCGCCAUAGAGGCCGCGCUUUGGGAGAAGGAAAGUGCCCCCCGGGAUCCCAGUUACGCCAGGGCCCGCCCCCAGUCUGCACGCUCCUCUCCCAGGCCCGUGGCUGUGCUCUAGCUACGGUGGCCGAGCCUCCGUGCGCCCACAUUGGUGGCCACCAUGGCCCACGACCAGCCGGCGGUGAGGCAGGCCAGGGGGUGCCCGUGCGCUGAGACCCUGGCCUCCCUGGUGGAGGGUGAGGGUCCCUGCUGCCGGCCUCAGGAAGUCACCGCGUCUGCAGGGUGGGGCGUCCUCAGAGACUUGACCGGGAGAGUGCAGGUUGGUGGACCGCGUUUGGCGAGUGUUUUGCGGGCAGAGCGGCUUCCUGGACGUAGGAUCGCGGGAGCACUGUGUGGAAGUCCGGGUGCCCCCGGGACGAACAGGCACGUGGGUGUGCGACCGCCGCGAGGUCUUUGUGUCCCGGUGCCGACACUCAGGGUGGGGGCGACGACGCCUUCUGCAUCUGGUGGCACCAGCCGCUGGGGCAAGAAGGAAAAUACUCACACUCGAAUGUCUCGCCAAACCUCCCCUUUUGCCACUCUCCUUGGGCCCUGAAGGGAGGCGGGGCUGUGCGCUGACCGGGGGGCCCAAGUCCUGCCUGAUGUAGGCUGGCUUGUCGCUUGGGUCACGUGGGUGGGAAAGGUAGCGGGGAGAAGGAAGGGAAGCCCCCGCAGCAUCCAUGUGCGGAGGGCGGCACACACGUUGGCCGGGUGAACAGAACUGCGCACUCCCGUGUGCGUCCCGGUGUAUUCAGGGCUCCCCGGGGGGCAGGGGAGGCUAACGAGCUCCCUGCAGAGUAAGCAGCUGAGUUGUUAUAGCAGCGCAGCCCCCCCCCCCCCGCCCCCCGGAUGUUCAGCUAUGUGCGGAGUCGCACGUCUGCCCUAGUUUACAUUGCACACUCGUGGAGAAGGGUGACGUGGCCAAGCAGCCGGGGUCCGGAAUACGCUGGGAUGCAGGCAUGUUCGCUGUGCCGGCCAGGCACCCGGGGCCUGUUGUCUGUCCAGGGAGCUGUCCAGCAGCACGGCCUCCCCCCCUCGGCCACGGAGUCCUCCUCGCCUGAGACCCCGUGGAGUUCGCUUGCACGGGUCGCCUCCCUGGUGGCCGUGGCUGUGUCCUCGCAGGGAGAGCACAAACCACGAGGCUUCCCGGGUGAACCCUCGGCCCCAUCACAGGAGUGCGUCGCUAGAGAAACAUGCAGACACACAGCAGUGGCAGUGGGAAUGGAUCUUUCUCGUUCCCUUUUUAUAACUGCUUUUGGGGAAAUACAUGAGCUUUUUUCAUACUGGUUCUUUAGCUCCGCAUAAACACCUUGGGAAGCGCUCUGGCUGUCUUCUGGGCGGAUGGUGUGGCCUCAUUCCCGUGCUUUCGGGCUGACUGACUCCUGCUUCAUUCUGGAACUAUCUCAUCGUGUUGGGGCCCGCGUGUGUGUCCGGCCCCUCGGUGUGACAUCCCCUGGGGCUUGUGCAGCAGUCGACGUGAUCGUGACAAAGUCCCCUCCACACGGAGCUGACAUUUUCUCACAGUUAGAUAAGCCCUAAUUCAAUUUAGAAAAGUGCGAAAGAGGAUCUGACGUUCAACAUCCAACAUUCGGACACAGCCCUCGCGUGUGCACCGUGUCACAGCACCAUCGGCACAUUGGCUUCAGGUCGCGUUGAAAUCGAGCGGCGGUUCCCUUUGCCAACCUCAAGCCCCCGUCACCUGCCGCCAGCUUGAACUUGGGGUGUGAUCGUCCCCCGUGACCGUGGGGCCCCUUGACCUGAGGCUGUUGUUUCUGUCACAAGCGCCCUCUGUGCUUUAUGGAAUCUGCGGUGUCUGAGCCGUGCUGUUUCAGUCACCUGACCCAGGAGGAAGGCACCGUGAAGGAGAUCGACAUCAGCCACCAUGUGAAGGAAGGGUUUGAAAAGGCCGACCCUUCCCAGUUUGAACUGCUGAAAGUCUUAGGACAAGGAUCCUACGGAAAGGUGUUCCUGGUGAGGAAGACCAAGGGGUCUGACACGGGACAACUGUACGCGAUGAAAGUCCUCAAGAAAGCUACUUUGAAAGUUCGGGACCGAGUCCGAUCGAAGAUGGAAAGAGACAUUUUGGCAGAAGUGAAUCACCCUUUCAUUGUGAAGCUUCAUUAUGCCUUUCAGACGGAGGGGAAGCUCUACCUGAUACUGGACUUCCUGCGAGGAGGGGACCUCUUCAGCCGGCUCUCCAAAGAGGUGAUGUUCACUGAGGAGGAUGUCAAGUUCUACCUGGCUGAGCUGGCCUUGGCGUUAGACCACCUGCACGGCCUGGGGAUCAUCUACAGGGACCUGAAGCCCGAGAACAUCCUGCUGGACGAAGAGGGACACAUUAAGAUCACAGAUUUCGGGCUGAGUAAGGAGGCCAUCGACCACGAUAAGAGAGCUUACUCCUUCUGCGGGACCAUAGAGUACAUGGCACCCGAGGUGGUGAACCGGCGGGGACACACGCAGAGCGCCGACUGGUGGUCCUUCGGUGUGCUCAUGUUCGAGAUGCUCACGGGAUCGCUGCCGUUCCAGGGGAAGGACAGGAAGGAGACCAUGGCCCUCAUCCUCAAAGCCAAGCUGGGCAUGCCACAGUUCCUCAGCACCGAAGCCCAGAGCCUGCUGAGAGCCCUCUUCAAACGGAACCCGUGCAACCGUCUGGAAUCACUCUCUGCGAAAGGUUCCCCCCCCCCCGGCUGCCUCUCGGUGGACUUCUCCUCCUGCAGACGCACGGGUUGCCUAGGACUCCCGCGAGUAACACAGCUGCCGAAUCCUCUUUGCCCACUUGCCGCUUUCCAUCCCUUGUUGUCACGGGCACCUGCGUGCGUGCUGAGCGUAGUGACGUGUGGUCAGCGGUCAACAGUGCGGUGGGGCCAUCGGGCGGGAGGAGGUGCCCGGCACGGUGCCCACUACGGGGGGAGCUGGAGAGCAAGGACACGAGCAGGCCCCGUCCUGGUGCCCGCAUAGCGCCAGGCUCUGCUGUCCAGAGAGCUGAUGGAGCAACGUAUUAACACUCGGCAAAACCCACCGACAUUUUAAACCGUGUACGUUCCUCUACCAGGAGAUGUUACUUCUAGAAGUCUAUCCAGCCUGUAAGUUGCAUGUAUAAAAAAUGCUUGUUUAGCAACGACCUAGAAAUAAGGCAUAUGUCCAACAAUAAGGACACUGUCAAGUAAAUUACGGCACAUCGUCCCAGACCUACAGGGCAGCCGUCUAAAUGGGGUAUGCUGUCACCAGGUGUCCCCGUGAUGGCACCAGUGACCUCCCAACUGGGUAAUUCUCUCUCGUGGAGGACCAUCUUGGACUGCAGGAUGUUCAGCAGCAUCCCCGGCCCCUCCCUGGAUGCCUCGCUCCCCCUGCCGUAGCAAGUACAACCGUCUCUAGCCUUGACCCUGGGGACAGCCCCCCGGUGAGACCCUGGUUCUGUAAACCCGGCUAGAGAGAUGCCCAGCAUCUAUCUCGUUGCAGAGAUGAGUUGCUACAGAGUCUAAAGGCAUCCCAUGGUGGAGCCUGUACCCAUUUUACAGCAGAGGCGGUCUCUGCAAGGGGGUGUGGGGAGACCCACGUGAGCCCCGGCCCCAACACCCACCUUGCGCAAGCCCCGGGAUGGUGUCCGUUAAACGGCUGUGGUCGAAUGACUUUGAUUCCAACCAGCCAGCGUGAUAACUGUGCACCUCUUAGGCGCUGCGCCAAAUAGGGGCCCAGAGGCCGGACCCUAAAGGCAGGGCCUGCUCACUGGGCCACAGGCACUUCCCUGGAGGCAAGGCCGAGGCCCUCCCUGGAGAGCAGCUCUGAUCACUGAGCCACCAGGUGCCAGCGGGCAGGGCAGGGAGCCUUGAGGUCCAGGAUGGGGCGCACCCCGGCCUCCACGGUGGAUUUUACACUGUGCUGACAAUCAGGGGCUGUCGUGGUGUCUGUGCGUCCAGCUCGUGAUCCGGAGGAACCCUCCAGGGCUAAACAGAAUCUCCUCCACCUUGUUUCGGGCACCCCAGUGAAGUCCCAGACGGGACCUAAAGACUCUGGCCAAGAAUCGUCAGGACCCCUCCUUGUCCUGGCUCUGACCGAGGCAAGGCCGGGGCCCUCGAUUCUGAGCCAUGCAGCGACGCCUACACCAGGCCCUUCCACUAGGAACCGGGCUUGCCCGCUCCCAGGCCGCGUGUGCCUGCACAGGCAGGCUUGGGAGGGCGGGAAAGGCUUGCCUCUCUCUCCGCCUUGGCGGUCUCCCCUACACGGCACGGGGCUGCCGCAGACGAGGCCCUCACGUCACCAUGGAGCCACCCUGCCCUGCGGGUGAGGGCCACGGGGGCAGCGGGAGGACACAGCCCCAGGAACGCAGAUGGGGAGUCGAGGGCCUGCGUCUGACCCUUCGUCCUGGAACUGCUGUGUCGUUGCAAUUUUGCCAAACCCCGUGUGGCCUGGCCUGGGCGCCUCCGCGAGAGAGUAGACGCUCACAUCCGUCCUCGUGGCCUCUGGGGAGGAGGUAGGCAGCACCUGGUAAUUGCGAGAGGUGUUUUAAGACCUAGAAGCAAACAGUAAACGCGUCCCUCCGUUCGGUGUGUUCACUCCCUCCAGUUCAUCCCUGAGCAUCGCACAAAGAUCGUGACCGUUUGCCUGUUUCUGAUCUGACUUUCCUGAUCAUGAAUCAAUUGAUUACCUCCCCUGAACGUCUCCGUCCGUGUGCGCGUGACGCAGAAGGAAUCCCUCCCCGUCCAAAGCCAACCUGCGCUGCAGCCUGGCCCGUCUUACCCCGCAGAACGCACCUGCCUCAGAGUCUGGGGUGCGCAUAAACAUCUGGCCGGUCAUUUCCACUCAUUUCUGGGCCCCCCGAGCCCACCCGGUCAGAGCCCCUGUGUUGUUCUGUCCGUCUUCAGAUGCCUGGUCCCGACACCUGGGCGCACCUCUAUUUUGAUUCUGUGUCUCCUUCCCGAGUGCUCUACCCUGACCGGCGUGGGCACAGCCUCUCCGCACAGCCCGGAGGCAGGCUGGGGGCAGCUCAAGCACUCCUCUGCCCAGCUCACUCCUCUUCUGGGGCCUCGGCCCUCCCGGGGAGGACGGUGGUGUGCAUGGGGCACUGCCCUAAGGGAAUCAUUAUCUCAUUGAAAUCCUCACAGCAGUGCUUCCCGGUAGGGAAAGGAGGGUAUUCACAGAACGCCUGAGUCACUUACAGUUGUUUAACUCGACGAUGUCGUUUUUCACACUGCCGUUUCUUUUUCUCGAAGUAACGACUCACGUGGCAGUAGGGGGUUGUAAGCGUUGGCUCGGCAGCUGGUUAGCGAAAGCCCAGAUCUACCCAUCUUCUGGGUUUACUGUCCCUAGUGCAUUGUUUUUUCAUCCUCGUGAGUGGUGCCUUGUGGUCGCAAAGUGGCUGCCACAGCCCCAGGCGUCACAUUCAGUUGAAGGGAGGAAAUGGAUGAAACGAGCUGCCUCCGUCCCUUUUAUCAGGAAGGCAAAGCUUUCCCCAAACCUUGGGACUUCCCUGUGCUUCUUGUGGACGAGAAACCGUCACAUGGCACUUCUAGCUAAAAGGAAGGUAGGAAGACAAGUAUCGGGAUACAAGGAAUAGGGGAUUGGGAAUGGUUGUCUUAUUUGCCAGCCUCAAGGUCAACCGAGGAGGUAUUCAGGAAAGGGUGAGCGGACUUGAGGGAGGCCCUGUGCCUGGCCUGCCCCCCCCCCCAUUUCUCAUUCCUCUUGGGCAGAUCUUAGGGACCCAUUGGUUAGGAAGGAGAGGGACUCUGCAGUAUGUAAUCCAGGCUUGCUGGAACGUGGAGAAUGGCAGGGGUCAGCCUAGAGAAGGGGAGCUCCUGAGGAGCCCCGGGUGGCAGCACCAGGCACAGGGGCAGAGGGCCAGGACCGCAUCCUCUCCGGACCGGUUUCCCUCUCUGGGAACGGAGCGUGAUGGCAGUAACUAUCUCCAGUGUGGUCGGACGGACUGGAAGGGCCAGAGUAGUGCCUGACCCACAGCACGCACUGUAACGUGUCCGACAGAUCUGUGAGAAGGCAGAGAUCGGUGGCGCACAGAGACCCGUGGCGGAGCCCAUGGCGGCACCUCUUGGCCACGUUGGUUCCCCCCGAUCGGACCCUCUUCUUUCUCCGCCGCCUGGUUGUGGGACAGGGCAGAGCAAGGUUGUCCGAUGCACAAGGACCGGUAACCUAGCUCUGGCAAAAAAAAAAGAAAAAAAAGUCAUUUUAUGGAUGCGUUGAAAAGAUACAGUUAAACAUUUUCCUGAGAUCGUUGCAAAAAAAAGGAAGAUCGAAUGUCUGCCUUCCACGACAGGACAGCAUUCAGGUGAUUUACCUCGUCCUGAAUUUGAACCAGAAAGAGAGCAGAGCCUCCCCAGUCACGGAGAAGAGGGGGUCCGACCCAGUUGCCCCCAGAGGACUCUCUACGCAGUGCUCCAACAGUAAUUGUGCCGAUGGCUGGAACUCUUCUUUCAGGACCAAGUCUGUGCCGCACGGAUCUGUCCAGCCUCUGCCUCGUCGCUGUCGGGUGCAUGGGGCACGUGCGGAAAUAUUACACACUUCCUAAGGGGGCCGGGGUCGCACCUCCUCUCCCGCACAGCUGCCCUCUCGGACACGCCCGAGGGAGCCUGGCCGUGAGUCUUAGCCUGCCCGACCUCUCCCGCGGGAGACCAGGCUCAAAACAGAGAGACAAAAACGCGGGGCACGUCCGCUCGCUGAGACACACGCGAAGAUGUGAUUCCGACCCGUCUCCUGUAGACGCUGGAGAAUUCUGUCUGGAGGCCAGUCUCCUUUCGGAUACCAUUGCAUUUGCCAGAGAGCAUUUGUCACAGUGACCCAGGUGAAUGCGACACGGGGAGGGGCUGUGUUCUCCCUUUGUUCUGGAAGAGGCAUAUAAUUUUCGAAAUAGUCUAUUUUUUGUCUUAGCACGUAAUUAUACAAAAAGCAUAGUUCUCUAACCCCAAAUAUUACUUUAUCACUUAGUUUAAAAAAAUUUUUUUAAUGUUUUAUUUAUUUUUGAGAGAGAGAGAGACAGAGCAUGGACAGGGGAGGGGCAGA